GAGUGUUGGCCGCGCCGCCACAGUACUGGUGUUGGUGGUGGUGGUGGUAGUGUGGCAGUGGUGGUGUGGUGUGGUGGUGUGGCUUGACCCGCAGACCAGCCGCGGAGUGGGACGCGCAGGCGCAGGCAAAGGAGGCGGAGAGGGCGCGGCGCUGACGUGUCUUGCCUUGCUACUCUCGUGCCGCGCGCCACACACGCCCUCACUACCUGUGGGAUUGCCGUGCGCGCCAGGCCGACCCGCUGCGCCGCCACUCACCACUCCACGCCCGCUAGCAAGACACACACUUACACACACACACACACACACACACACACACACACACAGCAUGGCGCCUCACAUCCGCGUGGAGAGUCAAGGGGUCCGGUACACCCAAGAGGCGAUAGAGGCAGACUACACCUACAACACCACCUCAGUAUGGCGGGACAGCAAAGGUACACUCGUGGCCACACCCACCGCCACCACCUACACCUUCAGGACUAUGCGAAAGGUGCCUCGCGUGGGCCUCAUGCUGGUGGGUCUCGGCGGCAACAAUGGCACCACAGUCACGGGUGCCAUCCUCGCCAACAGGCACAAGAUGUCCUGGCACACCAAGAACGGACUCCACCACGCCAACUACUACGGUUCCAUCACGCAGGCCAGCACGGUGUGUCUGGGCACGGGGCAGGAUGGGGAGGAGGUCUACGUGCCCAUGAAAGAUCUGUUGCCCAUGGUGGACCCCGAUGACCUGGUGAUUGAUGGCUGGGACAUCUCCUCGUUAAACCUGAGUGAUGCAAUGAAGCGCGCCAAGGUCCUCGAUUACAACCUGCAGGUACAACUUGAGCCAUACAUGCGGGAGAUCAAGCCCAGACCAUCCAUAUACUUCCCAGAGUUCAUAGCAGCUAACCAGGCGGACCGGGCCGAUAAUGUACUGCAGGGAACCAAACAGGAGCUGGUGGACAAGAUCAGGGCGGACAUCCAGGACUUCAAGACGACUAGUGGCGUGGACAAGGUGGUGGUGCUGUGGACGGCCAACACAGAGAGGUAUACUGAGGUGACGGAGGAGGUGAACGGCUCAAUGGAUGCUCUGCUGGCGAGUAUCAAGAGGAAUGAAAAGGAGAUCUCGCCCUCAACGCUCUUUGCAGUGGCGAGCAUUCUGGAAGGGGUGACGUACAUCAACGGGUCCCCACAAAACACCUUCGUGCCUGGAGUGAUAGAGCUGGCGCAGAAGAAGAAAGUGUACAUAGCGGGGGACGAUUUCAAGUCAGGGCAGACCAAGCUGAAGUCAGUGCUGGUGGACUUCCUGGUGAGUGCUGGGAUCAAGCCCCGCUCCCUCGUCAGCUACAACCACCUCGGGAACAAUGACGGGAAGAAUCUCAACGCCCCGCAGACUUUUAGAUCGAAGGAGAUCUCCAAGAGCGGCGUGGUGGAAGACAUGGUGGCGUCCAACGAGCUGCUGUACCGGGAGGGGGAGAAGCCUGACCACUGCGUCGUGAUCAAGUACGUGCCGCAUGUGGGGGACAGCAAGCGGGCCAUGGACGAGUACAGCUCAGAGAUCAUGAUGGGCGGCGCCAACACCUUAGUCAUUCACAACACCUGCGAGGACUCACUUCUGGCCAGCCCUCUCAUCCUAGACCUGGUGAUUCUGGCCGAGCUGUGUGAGAGAAUCAAGUUUAAGACGGAGAACUCAAACUAUCAAAGCUUCCACUCCGUCUUGUCCAUCCUGAGUUACCUGUGCAAGGCGCCUCUCGUCCCACCUGGCACACCAAUCAUCAACUCGCUAUUCAGACAACGAUCAUGCAUUGAGAACAUUCUAAGGGCGUGUCUCGGUCUGCCGCCCCUGAACCACAUGCUGCUGGAGUACAAGCAUGAGCAGGUGGAGUGUGGCAAGGUGAAGCGUGCAGCUGAGGCGGUGAAGCGGCCAGCGGAGGUGAUGAACGGCUCAACUAAACACCAAGCGCCACAACGCAUCCGUCGCCUGUCCGAUGAGAUUGAUAAGUGACUGUGAGGUGAUGGUGACUGUCUGGUGAUGUGUGUGUGUGGUGAUGUUGUGGUGUUGUGGUGUUGUGGUGAUCUCCUCCUCCUCACCCCUUCGCUUCUACUUUGCAGUUCCUCCUCGUGUUCUCCUUCUUCUCCUCUUCAUUCUCCUUCUUUUCCCUUCUUUUCUCGUUUUUUUUUC